AGCAACUGAUGUGAGAGCCUUAUUGUGUGAGCUGGAGGGCACAUGAGGCAGGUUGGAGAUCUGCGUCAGAGGUAAACCAGUUGACACGGGCAUUCGGAGGCUGACAAACUGGAUCUGCAGCUCCUUUCAGUGCUGUUUGCUUCCCCCAGAUGAACAUGGCUGAGUCGCACAGAGUGACAGCUCAAGGCAGGAAGAGAUGGAGUCUCCCACCUAGAACUGAAGCGGAUCAAAGUAAGCCGAGAGCUCCCUGGUCUGGCAAAGAAGCUGAGAGGAAACUGGUGGUUCCUUUCAGAGGCCAUAUCUCAGGUGGAAUGCACCCAGGGAAGAAGAUUGUUGUGUUGGGCAUUGUAAAUUCCCGUCCUGAUCGAUUCUACGUUGCCCUGACAUGUGGCCCUGGGACAACCAAAGAACCUCCACCUAAUGUUGCACUGGAACUGUGUGUUCGAUUCAGGGAUCGACAAGUUUUGCGAAGAGCCUGCAUGUCUGGAUCCUGGGGAGAUGUUGACAGAGCUAUCCCUUACUUUCCCUUCAUCAGGGACCAGCCAUUUAAGAUUGAGAUUCACUGUGAACACAGCAGAUUUCGUGUGUUUGUGGAUGGCCAGCAGCUUUUUGACUUUCAACACAGACUAAUGUCACUCUUGGACAUUGACACAUUAUGGAUUAAAGGCAGCGUUACCAUCACCAAACUGGCGUGAAGCAAAGGUGUUCGAUGUUGAGGACUUGACACAGGUAUUAACGUAUGCACCUUAAGCAUAUAGUGCACAAGUGCCAGGAGUCACAGCUUCAUGGUGAGAUAGAAACAUUUAGAUAAGACUUCUCAUUUAGAAACUUUCUUUGACAAAUGCACUACAGACAUGCACAAGCAAAUAUCUUCUUGGUCCAUUAGAAUUUCAUGUCAGUGUGCUGAAUGUCAAAAAUACAAGUGAACACAUGAACAGGGACAUUUUUUGACUGGAAUUGGAUUAAAUUGCCUCAGAAGAAUACUUGUAAAUACUGCAUGUGUGUCUAAUAAUACUUCAACAAUUUAUGAAUAACUGUAAAUCGUAACACAAACAUCAAAUGCAUGUACCGGGCUCCAUGUACUGAGCUUAUCCAUCCAGAGUUGAUUUGUGGAAGAUAUAUUUCUGAUAUAUAUUUCAUAUAGUGAUAUAUUUCACAUCAUGGUCUGUAAAUAUUUGUCUUUUAAGGUUACAAAACAAUUAUUUUGUGGUAUGUUUUUUGUGUAUUUUAUGUGCCAUUGUAAUUGCCAUUGGAAGACACUACUACUAAGGACAAAUGUGAUUUUCAAACGAGGUUUUUAAUCAUAUAUUAAAUGCACAUUGUGAAAAUUUCUGCAUCUAAAAUAAAUCUAAAAUACUGUAUGAAUACCUGCAUCAACAGAAUAUAAUGUGUUUCUUCCAGCACACUGUAUGAGUAAUAUAGGAAUGAUUUGAACACUUUUUCUUCUCCCAUAUUUUGUGGCUGAGAAACUUUCUCAACAACUGUAAUGUUGUAUUUUUUCAUGUUUGUUUUUGUAAUUAAACACGGUUUUCUAGUUAAAUUCAUGUAAAAUUGCUUUAUUUUACUGUGGUCUGAGAGGAGGAAAGGGUAGAAAUUGAGGGUAUUCAAACAGAAAAGGUGGCUUAACAAGGAUGUAGAGUCUCAAAAAGGAUGUUUCUGUCUUUUUGGUCUUUUAACCCAAGGCUUCUGGCUGGGUAUGUGAAAAUUGUAAGAGUGAGGAGGGAAAAAACACCAUAACACAAUGAUUUGUGUGAUGAUCGUACUCAAUGGGUCCUGCUGAUUGCUUCAGGCUGGGCAGGCUCAGGAUGGAAGCCUGCUCAGCAACACACCUGCAGCCAGGCACCCUUUAUAUGUCUGCACUCUCCAAGUGUCUGACGCCAGAUGAUUGCUUCUCAGAGAAUCGAUUCAACGCCUGUUUUGCGACCUGUGUGGUCUUGUCCUGUCUGGUCAGCACUCUUUUUGGAUUUACCUUCAGCCCGCCUUCCCGCCCUCCUCCCCAAGGACAUCUCAUUCAGCCACUGGACCUUUGGCACCUCCACCUGGACCGGGCAUACCCCUCCCAGCUCCCUGGUACCUUCACCCUCCC